CAAUCGCAGCUAUCGGUGGUAAAAAAUAGCUACUCGCAAUAAUCCGACAAAAAUACGAUGCAAAUUUGCGUGCUGCAGGCGUCCGUUGUCGAAUGAUGCGCUACUCGGAAAUACCGCGCGAGCUUGCCGAUAGACAAACGUGCAAAAACAGGGUAGGUCGCGAGGCGAAAGCUGGCCGAAGCUUGUCGUCAACAGGCGGCCACAACGAAUCGUACGAUGGCGAUGGUGAUGAUGGAUAUGAGCGAUUCUCCACCUCCUCCUCUGGGAACGUUUCGCAACAGCAUGUGGAAAAAGCGCUCGAUGGCAGCAUCGAUGCGCCAUUGAUCGAGGACGGCAAACGCAAACCCGAGCGCCAGCGCGAACGACAGCCGCUGGACGAUAAACACUUGUGCCAUAAAGCAACUGCAGGUUCGAUCGAAAGUCUCAACGAUGGAUGUACGGCAACGGCGUCAUUUAGGCCAUGGCAUAGCUAUUCGAAAAAAUCAUACAGUUUACCACCGAAUACAACGAUCAGUGACGUGGGGUCGAUUGUAUUCAGCUGCCAGCAGGUAUCACCGGCCGAGCUGGCCGCUCAGAUAACGCUGUUGGAUUUUCCCAUUUUUAAUGCAAUACAACCGGAGGAGCUGACGGGCUGCGGCUGGACGAAGAAAAACAAACAUACUCUAGCGCCCAAUGUGGUGGCGUUCACCAAACGCUUUAACCAUACGACAUUUUGGACUGUACAGGAAAUACUCAACGGCGUCAGUCCGAAGGAUCGGGCCGAGAUCAUUAGCCAUUUUAUUAGGGUGGCAAAGAAAUUACAUGACAUCAACAAUCUUCAUUCUCUAUUUGCCGUCAUAUCUGCACUGAAAAGUGCGAGCGUGCAUCGGCUGAAGGAAAGCUGGCUGCUGGUGUCCCGCAAAGAUCAGCAACAGCUCGAUCGGCUGAGCCUUUUAUUUGAUGAAAGCGAUAAUUGGGCGGCAUUGCGCAAAUGUUUAAAUCAAUUCAAACUUCCGGGUAUACCAUACCUAGGGAUAUUUCUGACGGAUAUUAUCUACAUCGAUCUAAUGCACCCUAGCAAAUCGGGCGAGGAGAGUUAUGCGCGCGAAACCAAAAUGAACAAUGUGUUGCGGGUGUUGUCUAGCUACCAAAGUUCGAACUAUACGUUCAUCAGUCCAGUUCCACCGACGCUACGUUACCUGCAGUCUCGGCGGUAUAUUGACGAGCUUCAGAACAUAUUUGAGGAGGAUCAAUACAAAAAAUCUCUCAAUCUGGAGCCUAGUGCGACCGCGUCCGGCACUACGACCGUGGGUACUGUGCGUUUACCAAAACCAAAAACGGACCACAGUGAUAUCGGUAGCCGCAGCCUGAGAACUUCCAUCGCGAUGACAGAGGGCGAAGAUUCACCCGACUCGACGCUAUGCGUACCAAACACACGGCAGUUUAUACCUGGCCACCGGAAAUGCUACAGCUUAGGGACAAACAUUUUUUAUCCAAGAUCUUCCGAACAAUCAAGCGGUUCCUCAUCCGCUUCGAGCAGUCGUCACAUGAAGGUAGUGGAUGGAUUGAGUAAGAUGCGACAUUUGCUCGACGACUCCUAUGUGGAAGCUAAACGCGCAAACAGCAUCGGUGCAACCGGUGUCAGCGGUCAUAGCAGUGACCACGAAUCGGAACACCCGACGGCACUACAGCUGGUCGAGCUGGAACCGAUCACGAGCGGUAAUUUGGUCGAAGGUUACUUGAAGCGAAAAACUGUCCUAAAGUAUGGUCGCAAACCGACAGUCGCAUCCUGGCAACGGUACUGGGUACUGAUAUGGUCCAACACGAUGAUUUACUUUCCUCCAAAAACCUUUAAAGGCAACGAACGAAGUAAUUUUAAAAAGGAACCCUCCAAAAUAUUCCCCCUCGAAGGAUGGACGGCCGAAGAGUCGGAUCUUCCACUGCAGGACGAGUUCUUCCAGCUGGUAAAUUACAACCAUGGGCACGCGUAUCGUUUCAAGUCGGGUUCGAACGCUUCCGCCAAUCGGUGGUUGGCAGCAUUGAAGCAAGUGACCACACCGAAACCUGCGGAACCUCUAUCUAUCUCGUUGAAUCUGAUAUCAUUUGAAUAGCGAGCGCUUAUCUCUCCCUUUCUUUCGCAUUGAUUUUUCCUUCGUUUUGUGUUGCUAAAGGUUUGCUUUUGAUAUUUGCAAAAUCGUACUCAAAAGAUUGCCUUACGCGACCACGAAUACAUAUUCGGCAAGACUGGUUUGCGUUUAUCAUGCAUUAUUACAUAUUAUAUUGCCUCAGUAGCAAAGGAAUGCGCUUGUGAUUUGUCCAUUUCCGCUUAUUGUAAUGAAUUCUCAAAGUUUGUUUUUCGUGUCAUUAGUUGGGCUUGAUUGUUUGUGAGUACACAUAUUAGACGUACGGCCCGUUUGGAAAAUUUAAUGCUUUGUGCCUAGUAUUGAAUCGGUGGUGUUAAUCAAAUAGCCGCGUAGUUGUUAAUAACCGGUAUCUCUUUCUGUUGCGGUAUAUUGAAGGGGAAAAACAGCUUUUUUUCCCGUGUUUUAACACCUAAUAGUAGGGAACAGGGACGACAAAGAAACACAGGUGAAAACGAGCAGCAGGAACAAUGUUUAGCAGCAUGCAAAUGGUCGUGUAACACAUUAUCAAGCUUAAAAGUACCAAUAAAGGUGUUUUCAAAAAUGUUA